AUUUCCUCCGUCAUGGGUAGUGAUGAAGAGCCAAUGGGACAACUUCAACCUCCUGAACACGAGUCAAAACCCUACGACGCGUCCCUAAGAGUAGAGCUGGCUCAUAGCAGCUGCCUCUUGAACAUCUCCGUGUCGCAAACCACCUCAUCCACCCACCACAAGUCACAUCGCCAUGGACAACCCACAGCCAGGCUCGCUGAGUUGGCGACUAAGUUCGCAUCCCAUCACUCUGCUCUGCUUCCUCGGUUUCCGCCUGUUCUCCUGACCUACCUCUUCGGCCUCUACUUCAGCCAAAACUACGUCCUGAUCUUCAUCAUCACAAUCAUCCUGCUGGCCAUGGAUUUCUACUACCUCAAAAACAUUGCUGGCAGAAGAUUGGUUGGUCUGCGCUGGUGGAAUGAAGUCAACGCCCAGUCCGGCGAUGGCAACUGGGUCUUUGAGUCUGCGGAUCCGGAUACGAGACAGAUCAAUGCUACAGACAAGAGGUUCUUCUGGUUGGCGCUGUAUUCGCAGCCUGUGAGCUGGGUAGCGUUGGGUAUUGUUGCCAUCUUCAGAUUGCACUUUAUUUGGCUUAGUUUGGUUGUCAUUGCUAUCGUCCUUGCCGUUACGAAUACCCUUGCCUUCUCUCGCUGCGACAAGUUCAGCCAGGCUACGAAUAUCGCAACCGGCGCUUUCUCUGCUAGCGGUCUUGCGAGCAAUCUCGGUGGUGCCAUGAUUGGCCGUUUCUUCCAGAUAGACAAAGCUGGGUUCAAAAUACAUUUCCUUCUGGUUACCUUUGUUUGCAUAGCUGCUGUUCUGCUUGUUAUCUGCAUACCCCUGACUUGUCCUUGCCUUUACGGAGUGCAGGAAAAUGCAAAAACUUCUUUGUGUUCAUUGCUUCAUCUUCUCUCCUUGUGUAUGCUUGUGCUGUAG